CACAUGAGGGCGGCAGAGUUCAUGCUCCAAAUUGAUGUCUUUCCUUUUCAUCAGAGAUUGGCGAGUGGAGAAAACCCAGAUGUGAUGAUUAAAGAUUCCUGCUAAGAUCGUCUGUAAAACAUGCUGCCACCAUUGAGACGUUUAAUAAAGAUUUACUGCCACCAGUGUCAGACGUUGCUUCUCACAUAUUACAAAGGCGGUUCAGGUGGACUUGUAAAGUGCUUUUUGGAACGCACCAAGGAAGACCUGACCAAGGCGCCUGGGAUCUGCCCAGAGUGUGGCUCCCGAUUUGGUCGUGAGGCGGUCAUCAGGAACAAACAAGCCAUCAAGAUUGUAGGGGGUAAAGUCUUCUAGAGGUAGAUCGUCCACUUCCUCUCUCGGCUAUGGAAGCUGGGAGUUUGGAUAUCCAGCAUGGACUAGAGGAGGUGAACCAGGAGCUCCAGCAUGUGGAGAAGCAGAUUGAAAGGCUCCUGCAGAAACAACAACGGCUCCUGCAGAGGAAGGAGCAGCUGGAGCUCCAGUCCAGUCGGCUUCAUGAGCUGAGCCUCCAGGCGGGCUCCACUGACUGGGAAAAAUCAGACUACCCUUGGUCAGCUAAGCUCCACAGCUUGCGAGAGACCGUCUUCGGCAUCAAGAAGUUCCGCCCGCUCCAGGAGAAGACGAUGAAUGCCUCUUUGAGUGGCAGGGAUGUUAUCCUCCUUAUGCCUACCGGUGGAGGGAAGAGCUUGUGCUAUCAACUCACAGCUCUGGUCAGCAAGGGAUUCACACUUGUAGUUUCUCCAUUGGUGUCCUUGAUGGAAGACCAAACCAUGGCGCUGGAAGAGCUUGGUGUGAACGCCACAGUCCUCAACUCCAACACCCCUCCCGAGUUGGUCAAGGAUGUCCAUCGGCAGAUGAUCGAUGCACGGUCGGAGCUCAAGCUGCUUUACGUGACGCCUGAAAAGAUCGCGAAGAGUAAGCGCUUCAUGGCUUGUCUGGAGAAGGCCUACAAAGCUAAACUUCUGACCAGGAUCGCCAUCGAUGAAGUCCACUGCUGCAGUCAGUGGGGUCAUGAUUUCCGACCAGAUUACAAAAUCCUCGGCUUGCUGAAACGUCAGUUCACUGAAACCCCAAUCCUUGGACUCACUGCUACCGCAACGAUGGAUGUUCUUGAUGAUGUGAAAGGCAUUCUGGGAUUGCAAGGUUGUCAGGUGUUCCGAGCUGGAUUCAACAGACCAAAUCUCUUUUAUGAAGUACGCCCCAAACCGUCCAAGCACGCAGACUUUGUUGAAGAACUGAUCAGGCUCAUCAACGGUGAGUUCAAAGGCCAAUCGGGGAUCAUCUACUGUUUCUCAAGGAAGGAUGCAGAGACUAUGGCAGAAAGCUUGAAGGAUGGUGGAAUUCAAGCCCAUCCCUACCAUGCAAUGCUUGAUGCUCAUUACAGAAGCCAAGUACAUAAGAAUUGGAAGGAGAAUAAUAUACAGGUUGUCGUAGCAACGGUAGCGUUUGGAAUGGGCAUUGACAAACCUGACGUGAGGUUCGUUAUACAUCACUCAAUCAGCAAGUCAAUGGAGAAUUACUACCAGGAAAGCGGGCGUGCUGGUCGCGAUGAUGAACCCGCCAAGUGCAUUGCAUACUAUGGUUUACCUGAUGUAUUUAGACAGAGCACUAUGGUCGUGACUGAACAGACGGGGCAACAGAAGCUCUAUAACAUGGUGGCCUACUGUGUCGCUCCUGCCACGUGUAGACGGACCCUGAUUGGUCAGCAUUUUGGAGAGCGUUGGGAAGGCCAAGCAAGAUGUAAUAAAAUGUGUGACGUAUGCCGAAGUGGAGCAAAAGUUGUUGAAAAGGACAUGUUACCCCAUCUCCAGCGUAUCUACACCAUUCUUGACCACAAGUCUAAGGGUGAUAAUAGGGUCACUGCUCUCAAGCUGACUGAGGAACUCAUGAGUAAGAAGGGCGUAGCUGCUCUAGACAAAGACCAAGCCAAGAAGAUGACAGGUUUAGAUUACGGAUACCUCAUUGCUCACUUCCUCCUCGAGGGUUACCUGAGAGAGGACUUCCAUUUCACCCCCUACAACACCAUCAGUUACAUCAUACCCGGCCCCAAAGCUCGGAUUAUCGCCACCAAACCCCAGAGGUCAAUCACAGUUCCGUUCAAGCUUGAGGAUGGACACAUGUCAAAGGUCAAAGUUCAUAGUGGGAAAGGCCAGAAGGAGAAAGGCAGCAGGGGAGAUGCCCCAGCGACCAAGACUCGGGAGGAUGAGAGGAAAAAAGGGAGAGAUGAGAGUGGGAGGGGCUCUGAAGUUCGGAAAACCGAAGGGGAGGGGCAUCGUGGGAAGACCAAGAAGCGGAAGUUGGUCGAGGAGGCGAGCAUUAUCGAUCUGUGCAGUGAUGAUAGCGAUGAUGAGGACUUUACGGAGAGGAAACCCACCAAGAAAUCUGGCAAGUCCGCCAAGCUGUCCACCACGAUGGAAGGAACUUGUAAUGUGAGGGAUAGUGUUGGCAGUAAGGGGGCGAGUACUGCACAGAAGUGUCAGGGUGGGACUGAUGAAAAAGUGCAAUCCGCUGCAGCACAGAAGUCAAGCAGUGGGACUACAGUAUUAGAUAGAACUGAUGCAGGAUCAAGUAAGAAUAGCAGCAAUGUCACAGAACACUCAGGUCAAAGCCAACCGGCAAAGCACGCUCCAUCCAAAGACAACAACUCAGAAUCAGGUCCAUUCACCUUCAAAUCCAUUACCUCCACACAAAGUCUCGCCAGCUCACAUUCAAAAGGUGCUCAUUCAGCCAAUCAGGGUCCAGGAAAGGAGUCACAAGAUCUUGCCAGAGCGUCCAAGCCCAACCAACCAGGCUCCAGUACCAGUGAGCCGUCGUCAAAGAGCAACAGCAGAAGCAACUUCCCGGACUCCCAGCGCUCUCCGCCCGCUGCCGUCCAUCGGAGGGCUCCCUCUAUGGGAUUAUCGCCCGGUUCAGACGUGGAGAUGGACCUGCGGAGCGUCUACACCCAACAGCUUAUGAAUCUUGGGAGUGAGGGCGAGAGCUUCAAUCGGGAGAACAGUAGUUUCACCAUGUCCACCUCUUUCUCAGGAAGCGAAGAUGGGUUGGGGAACACUCCCGCGAGCCGGAGACGGAAGGGGACGAUGCGUCGGGUGGACAGCAUGGACACCUGUGACGAAGAUGAUUCCAUGCGUGAUGACUACGAAACCUUGAAGAAAGUGUAUUCAGAUCAAAUGAAGAGACUUGAUGACCCUAUAUAAGUGUUUAAACGGGUACUCCAGGCUGAAAAUAAUAUGAUUUGAACAGAUUAAGAAAAUUCAGACAAACAAAAUGUUCACUGAAAAUUUGAUCAAAAUUGGACAAGGAUUAACAAAGUUAUUGAUAUUAAGAUUAAAGAGUUGCAUUAUUCCGUUGAAACACUUUCAGGCAUGUCUUCAUGAAUAUUCAAUGAGCAAACUGAUGAUGUCAUAUCCCCACUUGUUCUCUUGUAUUUUGUUAUAUUAAAUUAGGUUUGUUCAAUUUUUUUUCCUUAAAGAACAAAAAAUAUUGGAAUAAAAACUGAUAGGUGGAUUAGAUAUUCAUUACUGUAACUUAUAUCAGUACAAGGGAGACAUAUUUACUUAUGUAUUAAAAAAUGAACAAUUAUGAUUUCAUUUAAUAACUUAAGAAAAAGGAAA